UUGGGCUUCACAACAAUACUAGGGUUGGGUUUCAAUUAACACAGAACGGUGCGUAUUACUAUCUUGCAGACAAAUCCAGAAGCGGAGAAGAGCCGAAUUCCACCCCAGCUCCGGCGCAGCGAUUAGAGAUGGUGUGUUCCGGCGUAGCAGCACCCACUAGAACCGAUAUAUUAGGUUUGUAUCGGUCGCUACUACGCGUGGCGCGUGAGUUUCCCGACUACAACAUAAGAGAGUACACGAAGCGCCGUACUAUCGACGGGUUCCGCGAGAAUAAGGACCUAACCGACUCAGAGUCGAUAUCGUCGGCUUAUCGGGAGGGGAAGAGCCAGUUGGCCGUCGCAAAACGACAGUCUCUUGUGUACUCUCUCUACGCCCCCAAUGUUAAGAGCGUCAUGGAACUUGAUACUACUUCUAUCUAGGUUUUACAGUUUUAAUCCUAAUUGUUAUUUAUUUUGAUACUCUGAGGUUUUUGUUUUUUCAAUUGAUGAACAACGGAAAAUUAUGAGUUAUUGCUCUUGCUUUGAAUAACACCGCGGUUUGAUAUA